AUGCCUUCAGCUAGCGUCACGAACGGUAUAAGCAAUGGGGUCUAUGCCAAUGGUACAGACCCCAUUGCAAUUGUCGGCAUGGGUUGCCGAUGGCCUGGAGAUGUGAGAGAUGUCUCUGGGUUCUGGGAGCUACUCAAGAGAAAGCAAUCAGGCUAUCGGAAAUUUGGAGAUCACCGAUUUGAGCUCAGCGGCUUUCAACAUCCAAACCCAGAUAGACCAGGCUCCAUAGCCACGGAAGGCGGAUUCCUCCUGUCUGAAGACCCUCGUCUCUUUGAUCAUACAUUCUUUGGCAUGACGGCUUUAGAAGUCGAGACUAUGGCUCCUGAUCAGCGCAAGCUUUUGGAGGUCGUCUAUGAAGCCUUUGAGAAUGCUGGUGUAUCAUGGGAUGAGUUCUCUGGAUCAAGAACCGGCGUCUACGUUGGUAAUUUCAGUAAUGAUCAUGGAUUUAUUCAAGAACGCGACCCAGACCACCCACGGCAAUAUGCGAGCACUGGAAGUAGUGUCAGUAUCCUCAGCAAUCGUGUCAACUACAUAUUUGAUUUGCAGGGACCUAGUGUCACGCUCGAUACAGCUUGCUCUUCGUCCAUGUAUGCCCUCCACCUUGCCUUUGCAGCCAUAAGGAACGGGGAUUGCGAUUCGGCGAUUGUUGCUGCCUCCAAUACAAUUAUGGACCCCAGUACCCAGCUCAUGAUGACCAAGCUGGGUGUUUUAUCUGCCACAUCAACCUGCCACACCUUCGAUGCGGCUGCUGAUGGCUAUGCUCGUGGAGAGGGGUUCGUGGCCCUAUAUUUGAAGAAGGCGAACGAUGCUAUUAUGGGAGGAUGUCCUAUUCGAGCUGUCAUCCGUGGCACUGCUGUCAAUGCGAACGGUCGCACAGGUGGUAUAACCCAUCCAAGCAAAGAAGGCCAGGAGGCUGUGAUCCGCAAAGCAUACGAGAACGCCGGAAACCUGCCCUUGGAAGAGACGACAUACUUUGAAUGUCACGGAACAGGAACACCUGUUGGCGAUCCAAUCGAGAUUUCCGCUAUUGGGAGUGUCUUUGCUUCUGUACGGACACCAGAUGACCCUCUCUUGAUUGGAUCCGUUAAAACAAACCUUGGUCAUACCGAAUCUUGUAGUGCUAUUGCUGGUAUUAUGAAAUGUGUGCUUGCUUUUGAAUCAGGUAUAAUUCCUCCAAGUAUUGGCAUCCAGAAAUUGAAUCCAAAAAUCGAUUUCAGUGGUGCGCGAGUGAAGGUACUUACCGAACUCACUCCGUGGCCAAGGGGUAAGAUAAAGCGAGCGAGCAUCAAUUCAUUCGGUUAUGGUGGUGCUAACGGGCACUGCAUCAUUGACGAUGUACACAAUGUCUUCCCCAAUUACAUAAAACCAGGUUUGAUGGCUGGUGAUGAUAAUGACCCGAAGGACACAAAUGGUUAUACCAGCAGAUUGUCAGACCAAAUACUUCCCAGGCUUGUUCAGAAUCCAUCUGCAUCAACUCGCGACAUUGUCUUACUACCAUUCUCGAGCCACAACGAGGCAUCCUUGAAGCUCAAUGUGGCCGCCUUACGCGAAGAGAUCAGUAGGCACUCUCUUGCCGACGUCGCCUAUACGCUGUCCGCCAAGCGCAGCCGAUUCAUGCAGAGAACUGUUGCACUAGCUAAUAAGGAUAAUCCCGUAGAAGCCCUAGAGGAAGUUGGAGAAGUAUACAAUUCAGGUUCCCAAAGGCCUAAACUUGGCUUCGUUUUCACAGGCCAAGGUGCUCAAUGGCCUGCGAUGGGCAAAGAAUUAUUCAACUAUAGUGUCUUUCAAAAUUCUAUUCACUUCCAGGAUCACGUCCUUGCGCAACUACCCGAGCCACCUUCGUGGUCUGUAGAAGACGUUCUCCGAGGUAAUGUCCAGUCAGGUCGUAUCCAUGAGCCAGAGGUUUCCCAAACGGUGUGCUCAGCAUUGCAGAUUGGUAUAUUAGAUCUGCUAUGGUCUUGGCGAAUUUAUCCUUCAGCUGUUGUUGGACAUUCCUCCGGUGAGAUUGCUGCUACUUACGCAGCAGGUCGCAUCACGAGAGCAGAAGCGAUCGUCUCUGCUUACUUUCGUGGCCGAGCAGUCUCCCUGAACAGGCUUGACGGUCUCAUGCUGGCUGCUGGGCUCGGUCCUGAGGAAGUGGCAACUCAUCUCAUUGGCUUAGAAGACAAAAUAAAAAUCGCUGCCAUCAACUCACCGUCAAGUGUGACACUAUCUGGCGACUCGGGGGACGUCAAAGACCUUUCAGCCAAGUUGACUGACCUCAAUAUUUUCAAUCGUGUCCUCCAAACAGGAGGCAAUGCAUAUCACUCUCAUCAUAUGCUGCCCCUCAGUCAGAUUUAUGACCAAACUCUCAGUGCUGGGCUCAAAUUCAUAAGCGGAAAGGAUUUGUCCAAUGUGUCCAUGCGAUAUCCUCAAGUCACCUGGGUGUCGUCAGUGACACCUCAUAACGACACUGCUGACGUACAAAUCCUUGGUGCAGAUUAUUGGAAGUCUAAUCUCAUAUCUGCUGUACGAUUCUCUGAGGCCGUUGCUAAGAUGGUCACCCCAGGAGGUAUUGACCUUUUAGUCGAGAUCGGGCCUCACGCUGCUUUAAAGAGUCCCCUGCAGCAGAUUCUCAAGAGUGUAGGCAGUGAGAUGCCUUAUCUUGCGUCUUUGAAACGUUCUGAGGACAGCCAAGUCAACUUACUUCAACUUGCUGGUCGGCUCUUUUGUCAUAACGCCGAACUAAACCUUGUAGCCAUCAACUCAGUGGACAAGACCGGGGACAAUUCCGAGCUUCAAUACGAGCAUGGCUGUCUGGCAAUUGACUUGCCGCCUUACAAGUACGCCUACGGCCCCAUUGUCUAUUACGAGAACCGCUAUAGCAAGGAGUUGCGCGGGCGGAACAUUCUUAGGCAUGACUUGCUCGGUUCCAAGCUUCCCGGGGGCUCUAGAAUCAGACCACAGUGGCGCAACGUCUUGCGUCUGAAGGAUCUCCCGUGGCUCAGCGACCAUCGAUUAAUUCCUCAUCCUGUGUUCCCUGCUACUGGUUACAUUGCAACAGCAAUAGAGGCUGCUUCGCGUGCGUACACCGAGCUUUCCGAUCCUCUGCCUAUCACAGGAUUCUCUCUACGUAACUUCUCUAUAAGCAAUGCUCUUAGAAUUCCGGAAGAUGAUCAUGGUGUCGAAAUUGUCACCACACUUGAUCAGGUCGACUCCGCUACAGGCAAGUCUCCUGCUUGGGUUCGCUGCACGAUCAGUUCUGUUUCUCGUGAGACCGGUAGUUGGACAGAGCACUGUAAUGGCCUCGUCAAAAUUGAAAUAUCUAGCUCGCGCGCGGGCGAUAUUAUUACAACCUGUAUGGAUUCGAGAGCGGUCAAUACAAAGAACUGGUACAGACGUUUUGCAGAGAUUGGCCUUGGAUAUGGCUCUGCCUUUCAAGGGCUGUCUGAGAUUCAGGCUGACCCCGCAAAGAAUCUCGCAAUUGCUAAGGUGUCUCUCGAUACAACUCAAGGAACUAUAGUUGGCGAAUCUGACUACCCUCUACAUCCGGCUUCGCUCGAUGCAAUUUUCCAGUUAGGUCUCAUUGCCUGCCAUGGAGGACAAAUAGACAAGGCGCGUAGAGGGUUUGUUCCAGUCCACAUUCCGUCCUUUUACCUACAGAAUGCCUCCCAUAAAAAAGGAAAAGCAGUCAGUAUUGCCCAUGGUGAAUUGCGUGGUCUUCGUGGUGCCUACACGACGAUGCAGAUGGUGAAUGAGUCAGGCGAAGUGGUUCUUGAUAUUCAAAACAUGAGAUGCGUAAGCUACUCGGAGCAAUCUUACUGUUCUACAGCGCUUGAAAGACCAUUUGCUGCGCCUAUCAUCCGGCAAGUCUGGAAACCAGACAUUCGCACUUUGAAGACCGACCAGGCCAACAUGAUUUUUCCAACCCCUGCUAGUAAUGCCAGCAAGGCUCACCUCUUUGACAUUUUUGAUAGGAUUUGCUCUCUCAUGAUUGCGGAAAUUGAUGGGAAAUUUGGCAACAACGCCGCUGUCAACCGAACGUCAGACAUUCAUCACUUUCUCGAGUGGUGCAAGAGGCGAAUGUCUGACAAGAAUCAAUGGAUUGACGAAGCAAAAUCAUUGACUGGAUCGCAGAGACAGCAGCUUAUCAAACGCCUGGUCGAGGAGAAUUCUAAAUACUCCGACGUCAAGAUCAGCGCUGAAGUUUUCAACAACAUAAAAGAUAUCAUGUACGGCCGAAAGACGGGACUUGACGUGAUCGUCCCGAAUGGUCUUUUGACCUCUAUGUACGACGAUGGUGUUAUAAUGACAGGCGCAUUUCCACAAAUCUCUCGUGUCUUUGAAUCCAUCGGCCAUUCCAGCCCCAACUUGCGCAUACUGGAGAUUGGGGCUGGUACAGGUAACGCAACUCGCAUCAUCAUGAAAGCUCUUCUUGAUAAGAAUGGGAUCAAAAGAUACAAGAGCUACACUUUCACCGAUGUUUCCAGUAGUUUCCUCAAUAUCGCGAGGGGAUCAUUUGCUGAGCAUCCCGACAUGGACUUUUCGGUGCUUGACAUCGAACAAGAUCCACUUACACAGGGUUAUGAGCAGAGUUAUGACCUUGUAAUCGCAUCUGAGUGUCUACACGCCACUGCAAGCAUCUCCAGGACUCUUGAUCACUGCAGACAACUCGUGAAGCUUGGUGGCCGAAUUGUGCUUGUUGAAAAUAUUCGAACUAUCCUUGGCCAGGGCGUUGUCCUGGGAACAUUGGCAGGUUAUUGGAGUGGGAUUUCUGAAGGCCGUGUCGACAGCCCCUUUUUAACCGCCGAGGGCUGGGACUCGGCCCUAAAGAAUGCCGGCUUUACGGGCACUGAUAUUAUCCUUGAUGACUACCCCCAGCCUUACUCUGUUGCAGCUACCAUUGUGUCAACUGCAGUUGACACGGUUAAUGUCACUAAUACUGUCGACAGUGCAAAAGAAGCUGUUUUCAUCCAUGUAUCCGAUAAGCCCGUACUGAUGGGGAGGCUGGUUUCGAAGUACAACCAGUGCGGAAUCGCCACAAAGUCGGUUCAUAUCGACGAAAUGACAGAUUUAUCACCAAAUUCUCGAUAUAUUCUAUAUGCAGACGACGGUGACUUUCUGAUUAAUACUCUUGCAACACGAUUGUACGCCAUCCAGGAUUUGGUUCGGAAUUGCUCUAGCAUGACUUGGAUUACUUCGAGCGGAAUGAUCAAGGGCAAAAACCCUAAAGCUGGGGUUGUAGCUGGACUUGUCCGUACGCUUGCCACUGAGAACCCGACAUCUCGGUUCCUGAUGAUUGACGUCGAUCCCGAGAGUGAUGUCAAUGACAUCAACCUUGUCAGAUCGAUUUUCGAACAAGAGAUUACUCUUCAGGUACCCAUAAGAGGAGAAACCGAAGAUCAAGAGUUCGUCUGGCAAGAUGGUUGUCUAUGGGUCAGUAGGCUUACUCCUGAUGCCGGACUAGCCUCGCAAUUAAGACUUUCUGAAACGAAUCCUAAAGAUGCUACUAUGCUGCCGUUCGGACGCCAUGGCCCUAUUCGCGCUGCCUUUGAGACACCUGGUGUGCUGACCACGUUAUACUUCAAACAGUACGAAGAAAUGUGGAAACCACUGCCUCAAGACUGGAUUCAGGUUAAGGUAGCAGCUGUCGGGCUCAACUGGAAAGAUCUUGCGGUCUCUGCGGGUAGGUUCGACCUGAAUUCCUUCUCUUCCGAGUUCUCUGGUGAGGUAGCUGCUGUUGGAUCAGCCGUUACGGAACUGAAAGUCGGAGAUCGCGUGUACGGUAUGGGGCGUGGACACUUCGGCAACUACGUGCGCACCCCGGCAAGUUAUUGUCAGGUUCUGGCUCCUAGUGACGAUUAUAUUGAGAUGGCCACUAUUCCGUUGGUGUAUAUGACUGCAGUAUAUGCUUUUGAGCAUGCCACAGGAGUAAAGGCAGGGGAGAAGGUACUCAUUCAGACGGCAACCGGAGGCCUUGGCCUCGCUGCAAUUCAGCUAGCUAGAUCCAAAGGGGCAGAAGUCUUUGCAACUGUUGGUAAUGAGGAAAAGGCCCGCUACCUCAUCAAGCAUAUAGGAGUUGCCGAAUCCCGGAUCUUUUCUUCAAGAGACAUUACAGCUAUUCCCAAAUUGAUCAAGGCUAGCGGCGGCAAGGGUUUCGACGUAGUUCUGGGUACUGCCACUGGAGACAUGCUCUAUGAAUCGCUUAAGUUGGUUGCGCCAUUGGGUCGCUACAUAGACGUCGGACGAGUGGACGUUCAGAAUUCUAUGAUGCUUGGAUUGGAUCUCUUCCAGAAGAGUGCCACCUUCUCAUCCUUUGAUCUCGGCGUUGUCAUGGAUGCCAAUCCGAGUAUGGGCCAUAUCCUUAUGAAGAAGGUCCACCAAUACUUCAGAGCUGGUCAAAUAGCCCCUAUUCCGUCAAUACUCCCUUCUGACGUCUCCCAGCUUGGCCAAGUGUUUCUAGGAUUCUCCAAGGGAGCUCACAUUGGUAAAUUAGUUAUCACUUUCAUGGACCCGGAUUCGCUUGUGAGGAUGGUACCCCCUGUGCCUCGAGCUACAUUCGACGAAAGCGCGGAGUACGUCAUUACUGGCGGUCUUGGGGGUCUUGGAAGAAGUGUCAUUGACUGGAUGGUCAAACAUGGUGCUCGCCACUUCCUUGUCGUCUCACGAAGUGGAGCGAGAACUGCUGAAGCACAGGCUCUUGUCGACAGACUUGGCGCUCAAGAUAUUGAUGUCAAAGCUGUUGCCUGUGAUGUCAGCAAGCUUCAUGAAAUCGUUAGAUUGAUUAGGGAAACGAAUGCAGUCAGGUCCAUCAAGGGUGUCGUUCAUACCGCCGUCUCUUACGAGGAUCUUUCUUUUGACAAAUUAUCUGUUGAUAAGUGGAAUGCUGGUCUUGCUGCUAAGGUGAUUGGCACCGAGAAUCUUCACGAGGCCACCAAGAGCCUCCCUCUAAACUUCUUUGUGAUGACCACAUCGAUCGAUUCGAUUGUUUCGCUUGCAACCCAAAGUGCAUACAACGCUGCUAAUACCUUCCAAGAAUUAUUUGCUCGCUACCGCCGCCGUCAGGGUCUCGUAGCGUCUACGGCAUCAUUCGGUUUGAUUACUGACGUCGGCCACCUCAGCACCAAUAUGACUACCGUCAACCUCAUGGCUCGCAACAAGACGCUGAGUCUGAGCGAGGUUGAAUUUCUUAACAAUCUGGAGCUUGCUUUUCUCAACAGCGAAUCACCUUUUACGGAGGAUACGGAGCCAUGGGCCGGUGCGAAAGAUGAUCCGCUAUCUGGGGCGACUGUGAUCACUUGCAUGGAUCCCGCGGCCCUGGCCGCAAAAAAGAGAGAUGAAGAGGGUACAGGCAAUUCUGGAGGGCUCGUCCCACGCUGGUACAGCGACGGACGUGUGGCUCUAAUCAUGCGCGCAUUCGAUGAUGCAUUGAAACACGCAGACGACACGACUAGCAGCAGCAAGGACAGUGGUAGCAACUCAGCAGCUACACAAUUGCGAGAUCAGUACGAUCAAUUGAUCAAGGCUGGGUCAGACCAUCAAAGUCAAGCAAAGAAGUUUGUUACGGGUGCCAUUGUCAAAGCAGUUGCGGACACGCUGUUCGUAGACGCAUCAUCCAUAGACGCCUCAAAGACAGUAGCUGCUUAUGGCGUUGAUAGUUUGAUUGCAGCGGAACUUCGAAAUUGGUUCAAUAAUGUUUUCAGGGCGGAUAUCAGUUUGCUUGACUUGUUGGACACAAAGAAUAACAUUUCAGCUCUAGCAACUGUUAUUGUGAGCAAGGCGUUGAAAGCAUGA